AUGGAAAAGGGGUCAGAAAGCCACCGCUUUCCAUCCCAUCUACCUAACAUGUAUACAAACUAUAUUGCAUUUAUCAAUAAAAUCAAAACAAACACUUCACAAGAUAUUUUAGAUCACCGUUAUAGAGGUCAAAGUGAUCCAGAUGUUUUCAAACGUUAUGACGUUAAUGCGGAUAUUGACCCUGGUACUUAUCAAUACAUUGGGAAACAAUUGAUUGAAUUUUAUAUUCAUCCAUUAAUGGUAGCAACUGGUUAUAGGUUCCCAGUUCGUGAUUAUCACAAAGGUGGUCGUAAAACCAAAAAGAUUACAUUCAUGUUCAUUUGUAGUCAAGAUCAGGGAAAACAAAGAAAAUCAAGAUCAAAUAAUGAAAGACAAAUUCAAAAUAAAUUAAAAGUUGAACAAUGUGAAUCUAAAUUAUCAUUGAAUUAUAGUUUACCAGAUGGUUUAAUCCAAAUUUUAUAUAAUCAUAAGACACAUCCUCCAUAUGCAUGGAAAAAACAAUCACUUAGAGAUGAAGAAGAUGAAGAACAACAUCAACAUGAUGCUUAUGCAAAUCCAGAAGCACAUUCACAAAAUGACCCACAAGUUGUAAAUAAUGCUUAUGCUGAUGCUCAACAUCAAGAACAACAAAGAGCAAUUCAACAAGCUGCUAUGAAUUUAGUUGACGUUCAAAAUCUUGCUCAAUACAAUCAAUUACAAAAUUUGGCACAAUAUUCACAACAAUUACAAUAUCCUGCUCAACAACCUCAACCUCAAGUUGUGGCAUAUGCCGUUCAACAGCAACAGCAGCAACAGCAACAACAACAACAACAACAGGCUCAACAGGCACAGCAAGCUCAACAGGCACAUGGUUCAACUCAAGCUCAAAGCCCAUCCCAGGAACACACACCACAUCCUGACCAAGAUGCUACACAACAACCAGCAGAUCAACAGUAUAAUCAAAAUUCUUAUCAACCACAACAACAGUCAUAUACACAAGAAUCUCCCUAUCAGGAAGCACAAGCUUCACCUUCAAGAGAAACUAAUGAAGAUCAUUCAUCAUUAUUACCACAUCAACAAGCCUUGAAUCAAAUAAUACCUGAUAAUAUCAAAAAAGAGGAAAAAAUUUCUGAUGAAAAUAUUGAUAAAGAAUUAAUUGGAUUAAAUAAGGAUGAUUGA